UGUCAUUCAAGUGAAACAAACGCACAUCGCGUGUAGAUAGAUGAGUAAAGACGUGUAGAGGAUGGUGAUAAACUGACUCGCUUUUCCGAUUUAAACUAACUCGCUAGCGAGCUAUGCUUGCCGCGGUUUAUUAUGAGCGGAGGUCGCUUUGACUUUGAAGAUGGUGGAACUUACUGCGGAGAAUGGAAAACCAGCAAGGCACAUGGAUAUGGCAUCUGUACCGGACCAAAAGGACAAGCUCGUUACGAAGGCUCUUGGAACAACGGCUUCGAACUCAGCGGAGUUUAUGUUUGGCCUAACGGCCAUCGCUUUGAGGGUGAAUGGCUCGAUGGACGCAGACACGGACUUGGCGUUGAAUAUCGAGGAAAAUGGACUUAUCAAGGCGAGUGGGAGGAAGGUUUUAAAGCGCGCUACGGUGUGCAGAAGUCGCAAAGCGGGGCGCGCUAUGAGGGAAGUUGGACGUCUGGACUACAAGAAGGUUAUGGAAUCGAGGUUUACGCUGAUGAAGGUACGUUUCGUUAUAACUGUUCGAAAGGGAAGUGCAACAAAGGUAUAAUUUGUAGCAUAUUUGUCGGCAGAUGGAUUCCAAUUUGCAGCGGUUGUUAAAGAAUGAUGACCCAUGUUCGGAAGAAAAUUGAACUCAAUUGGUCAUUUGUGUCACUAGACAAGAUACAUUUGCAAAAUUUGUCAUUAGCCAUAGAUGUAUUUUGGAGACUGCCUGAAGCACUGUACUUUGCUAAAGCCGCUUAAUUUCUCCAAUUUGCGUUCUUGUUAUGUUACACUAAACGGAUUUUCACUUUUUUUUAACCAAAAUUUCCUUUAUCCGGAUUUUGUACUAGCAGAAAAUCAUUUGACAUUACUGCUUUUCUCUUCUCAUUUGACAGUUUUUGAGUACGUUUUCCGCAUGUAAGAUGCCUGCUGAUUAAGCUUAUUUUAUGACUGUCGAACGCUCCCGAGGUCUUGUUUAUGCAGCAAUGAUAUCAAUACUUAAUGGUGGUCCAGAACAUUUGAUUAGAGGGACUCUAUUCUUAGAUCGAAGUUUUGAUUGUGUGAUAUAUGGUUUAAAUGGAUGAAGGCAGGGACCAAUAUUCCUUUCUAUGAGAAUUAAUAGUUCCUAGAUCCGUCCUAAAGACUUGGUGCCUAUCUGAAAAUACCAAAGGAGAUUAUUUUCUUCGUUCGAAAUGUAACUUUGUAAACUAGACUGAAGCACAAGCUUAAGAAGUAAAUGCAAAUUAUAUAUCCACCACGACACGAUCGCUUUCGACACAGUAACUCUUUAGUUAGCGCUAGACAUAUGUCGGAGUUCUUCAUGAUAAAGAAUAAAAGUAGAGCUUUAUCAGUUCUAGCUUGUUAUGCUUGACUUGUUCACCAGAAUUCGAAAUAUCCGCGAUCGCGGCUGUUUAAUUUUUUUCGCUCAUGCGAACAAGUUUGGGUUGUCUGUUUCUCAAAAGUUUACAUUUCUGUGAGAUCCAUGGGUACUCUUUAUGCGGGUUUAUUCAUCGAACUGUAGUUUGUGAAAAGCUCAAAUGGACAUCGUAGAUGAAAGGGUUGCGAGAUUGUGGCAUUGAGAAAAAGAUAGGGUCCAAGAUACGUAAACAGAGAACAUGCUUGUGAAUAGAUCGCCUCUGACACCGCUGUCUGUUCGCCCAUUCGCAGUUUGUCAACACACUAAACGAUGUUGACCAUUUCGGUGAGUGUUUUCGUCGACGUCUGAAUGUUUUGGCGGCGAAUGAUCUCGAUUACCCGUUCUAGAACGAACCAUAACUUUUCAGAAUCGGGAGUGUUUAGGAGUUGCUCGGUUGGAGAUAUUACCUCUGAUUGUGUUUUUAGCGUCUAUCAUUCCAUGUUCCCAUUCAUGGAUUGUAAAGCUCAUUUUUACUUUAGAAUAUAGAAGUUUUCAAAUGGAUGGUACUUUACUUUAUUCGUUUCAAUCACGGAUUGGUUCCUGAGAACAGCCCCAAUUUGAAAACGCUGUAGGCACCGACAAGGUUGUGCAGGUGAUCUUUUUCAUGUGGUGUCAAGUUGGACUUGAGUAUUCCUGAGGUUUUUCGCCAUGGUUAUUUCUUUUUUUCUGUCAAAAACUAAUAAAUGACUUGGAAAUGAUAUUGGACUGAGACCGGUAGAUGAUAUUUCAUUUGUUUAUUUAUUUAUUUAUUUUUUUUUAGCAAAACUGCGUUCAUUUGCAUUCUGAGUUAUUUCCAUAUCACCACAAAUCAUCUGAUCUUGGCAUUCCACUUUCUUAAUUGAUUCUUGAAAUUUAUAGCUGUUCAACAUCUCCAGUGUAUCAAGCAUUUCCUGAACAGUUUUGGAAAGUUCUCUUUCGGAAAUAACUUAUUUUGAUACUUGAUUCUUGUCAUUUUGUUGACACAUUCAGUGAUGAAUGGCAGACUCUGAGCAUUUUACUAAUUUCUGCUCCUAAAAUAACCAUUUUCUUCAGCUUUUCAGUACUAUGUACAGUUAUGAUGAGAACAGUUGCACCCAAUGAAAUCUUAUAAGGUAAACAUAUCAUGCAGUGUACUAACCCAUGACUUUACUGGAGUCUCCCUGCUUUGAACAGAUCUGUGGGAAUUUUCUGGAAAUAUUUCAUCUGAAUUUAAACUGCAGGGAUCUCAUUAUACCACCAUACAAAACCAUUUUUUUUUUUUUUUACACUCUCAAGCAAUCCAUGACAAUUUAUUUCUGACGUAGAUUUCCAGUGUUGUUUUUUUCUGACGUAAAACCUUUGAUGAGGUCCUUUGGAUCUGAAAUUUUAUUGUGUGACAUGGUUGAUAUAGCAACUGCUUAGUUAAAAUUCAUCGGCUGGUUAGCCUUCUAAUUUUGUGCACGGCAGGUUAAGAAUCUCCAGCAGAGGAAUGAAAAUGAACCAAGCCACAAUCAAUAAUAUGUUUCAGAGCUGAAGGCGUCCUUUUGUAUUUUUUAAUAAUUCAAAUUAACUCCCAGUGAUGCAUUUAAUAGAUCUGCUGUAUUCUAGCCAACACUGAAAAAAUGCAACAAUGGUAUGUGCAACAAGAAUAUCUUGUAUCAAGUUGAAUGUGAAUGAAAAAUUUUGUCUAGUUUUUCUGGCAACAUGAACAUUAAUUCUUUGAUAUUAUCUUUGCUUGAUUCAUGCCUUUGAGAAGGAUGUAAUUUUUUUUUCUUAUCGCAAUCAUUUGGUGUUUCCGGAAAUUUACUAGAGUGUGGGCUGUCGUGUUAACAUGUGGUCUGCAAAACCACAUUUUUUAUUACACUCCAGAGGUGGAGCUAGCCUUAAACCUUUUACACCUUAACAUCAGUAUGCAUAUUCUCCAUAAUGUAGUUUAUAGAUUUCCUACAAUAUUGGUGAGGAGAAUUUGUUUAUCAAUCCAGAGCUUCUUAAAAUGAUAGUCACUUCCCCUAUUCUCAUAAGGUAAUGUUUGAUGUAAUAGUGAUGCUGUAUUGAGAAAUAAGAUGCAAGUCACUCCUAGAGGUGAAGGGGUUAAUAAGUAGAUGUUAUUGAUCACUUUAGUAAAAGAAUAGGUGGACAUUAACAGCUCUGAUGAUACUUAAAGCAGGAGAACCAUCAAAGAUAAUCAAUGAAUAACUUUGGCUGGGCCCCUUUUGAGUGAAUACUUGUUAGGUUCUAGUCUUUAUUGCUACUCUGCCAGUUGUAUUCCACAUUUUUCAAAUAAAUCUGAGUGGUGGAAAGCCAUUAUCAAUAAGAUUUCGAAAAUGUAAACAAUGUCAUAGCUUACCACAGAAAUGCACUUCCUGUGACAUCAGACUUGUUUCCUGUAUCUGAUAAGCAUUGUUAUGAAAAGUUUUGAUGUUUGCGUGUAUAGAUGAACAUAUGUGUGAAAAAUUAGGAUUAAAAUUUUCUUCUAGAUUCUCAAGAUACACAUCUGCUGUUUGUUUGCCAAUGUUGUGUGCUUUAAUCAACAUGAUUCACUAAUGUUUUAGGAUAUUACUAUGGGCAGUGGAAAACAGGAAUGCGUUCUGGAUAUGGUAUCCGACAUGGAGAGGUUAAGCGAGAAAGCAGCAGUACAAAGCACUAUAGACGUUGUAUCUCUAGACAGUCGACUGUGGAUAAUUUUAAAUCUAAUGGUGUUCUACCUAACAGUAGUCAGAACAGUAGAACAUUUGCACGUCACCGCAAGACACCCUCACAAACUUCUGAAACGCAGUCACAUUCUCCCAGAUCAGCAAGUGAUCCAGAGAAUGCCAGUCAAAAUGGAUCAUUGAAUAGUACAAUGGGAAGUGGCUCAGCUCAGUCCUACACAAUGGAAACUGUGGAUUCAAAUGGACAAAUUGAAAGGGCAAACAGUCGCUUGAUAGAGACAUAUAGAGGUGAAUGGAAGAAUGACAAGAGGCAUGGAUUGGGUAUCGUGUACGAUACUGACGGGUUCAGCUACAUGGGCGAAUGGAGUGAAAACAUGCGCCAUGGUUUGGGCGUGGCCACCUUUCCAAAUGAAACGAAACUGGAAGGAGAGUGGAAAAACGACGAGUUAGUUACAGACAAUAAAAAGAAGGGUCCAUUGGUUUCUCUUGUGACAAGAUUUAAACAAAGACUGAGAGUAAUUUGUGAGGGAGCACAAGAUGCUGCAGAAACAGCUGAUCAGAAAUCACAGAUUGCACUGUCAAGAGCUGCGGCAUCACGAGAUAAAGCUGGAGAUGCAGUUGGUGCUGCAGAGAAUGCUGUUUCAGCAGCAGCAAUAGCUCAGAAGCGGGUCCGUGCUAUCAUGUCUAAGAUGAAUGACAAAACUUAGAAUGUAAGAUGGCAUUUAGAUGUGUUGGAAUAUUUUCAGGCAGUUUUACUAUGGAGAUGUCUUAAGCACCUCACUCAUGGUUCACAGCUGCUUCAUCAUUGUGCUUAACCACAGCAUUAGCAAUAUGCCGACACACAAAGUUGGCUUACAUGACAAUCCCCAUUCAAGUGCUUAAACUCACUGAAGUCUGCUCACCUAACAUGGUUGAAGGCUGGAAACAGUCAGUCAGCAGUGUCCGGAUACAUGUAACACCAUGUUGUUAUGCGACUCAAGAGCCAGCAAAGCUUUUAUGCAAAUAUAUACAGCUUAGCUACAUGUAGUAAGUCAUAAUAUUAUCUAAUAUUGUAACAGUUGCAAAAUCAAGUAGGCUUGUAGAUGUACAGUAUAUACGGACUUCAUUGAGAAGUUCAGAAUUUGUGGAAUUGUCUGGUGGAUUUGAGGUAAAAUGAUACUCAGGAUUAUUGGUAGAAUUGACAUUGAUUAAUGUUGCAGUUUUGCACCAUGGCAGGAAAAUUGUUCUCUGUAGCUGUCAAUGUAUUAAAGAUGGGGACCAUAACGAUGCAGCAAUUAAGACAUUUGAGCUUUUUCCACUUGGAUCUUCUCCAAAGCUUUUGGUUUUAAAAAUUUUGUCUUUUAAUUAUGACCCCUUGUUAUAACUUUUGGUUGCCUAGUAAAUUAAAGAAUAUUUGAUUCAGAAUUAAUUGAAAUUUUUUAAAUUCAGGUAUGAAGAUCUGAAAGUAAAACAUAUUAGACCUAAAACUUCACGUUUGGUAUACAAUUCAUAUUUACUUUGGUGUACAAUAUACCUUUUGUUCAGUUUAGGAACAGUAUUUUGUAAGUGAAAUAAUUUUUUAAAUCAUUGUAGUUGAGUAUAGCAUUUAAAGAAUGUCUGAAAUGAGAGGUAAAUUCAUAGUCCAAGUAUAUGUUGGGCAUAUUGCAGAAGAUUUGUCAUGUACCAUCUUGAAAAAUUGUAAUUUGCUGUUCAUGUUAAGCAUCCCCAUCAAUUUAGUAGUGUUCCUUUCUUUGUUGUUGUUUUUUUUUUAAUAUUUUGCACUUUUUUUCAAUUUCUGAUGGCUUCGUAAUAUGCAAUUGAAAAAAUUGAAAUGUUUUGACUGACUUAGCUACCUACAGGGUAAAUGGUUCCUCAGCAGAAUAUUUUGUUUGUUUUUCUUUAUACCAGAAAUGUGUUGACAAUAUGAAAGUGUGGGCACAAUGAGAACAGUAGUAGUAUGGUGGUAUUGAGUGAAUUCAUCAUAUAAUUUGUAAAUUUUCCUUUUUAGAAUACCUUUAGCAAUGCCCCUUAGUGAUCAACUGGCAUUUGAAUGUACUCAGGUGCUUCUUUUAGGCCAAAAGAAAUAUGCCUAAGCUAGCAUAAUUUAUUUCUAUAAGUGUUACAUUGAUUUACUUUUUUACCAAAAAAAUUUAAGGGUGAAACUUAUUCCUUUAUUUCUGUAUUGUUAAUUAGAAUGCUUUUUUUUUUUUUUACCAUGGUGAGUUUUCAUUUGUCAAAGACUAAUGCAGCUAUUGAACAUUGGUUAAAGUUGUUGAAGCAAACUUUUGUGAAGGCGUCUGGGUCAGGAAGACAUACAAAAAGUGUGGUUAACUGAUUUUACACUAAAUGAGGUGUCAAAUUGUUCUUGUCAACCUGUGAUUGACCUGUUUUACAAUUAACAAAGUUACUGAUUUUCAGUCUAAUUGCUCUCUUAGGUACCUGUUGAUCAGUAA